AGAAAAGGGAAGGCUGUCUGUGCUGGAAAUGGAAGAGUGGGAGACUGUCCAGUCGCUUCUGCCAGCGAGAGGCAAGAGCAUGACCCGCCGGCAGGUUUCCGAGAGCUGAAAGGAGGCCGGUUCGUCCUGCACCCAACAUGUCUUACUUCGCAGAGCACUUCUGGGGAGAGAAGAACCAGGGCUUCGAUGUCCUUUAUCACAACAUGAAGCACGGGCAGAUCUCGGCCAAGGAGCUGGCGGACUUCGUGCGGGAGAGGGCGGCUGUCGAGGAGGCCUACGCCAAGUCCAUGGUCAAAAUGUCCAAGAUGGCCGGCAACAGCACCCAGCUGGGGACCUUUGCCCCCCUCUGGGAGGUCUUCCGAAUCUCCUCUGACAAGCUGGCGCUGUGCCACGCUGAGCUGGUGAAGAAGCUGCAGGACCUCAUCAAGGAGAUCAGCCGCUACGGGGAGGAGCAGCUGCGAGCUCACAGAAAGUCGAAGGACGAAGUGGCCGGGACCUUGGAGGCCGUUCAGCAGCUCCAGGGGGCUGCCCAGCACCUGCCGAAGGCCAAGGAGGCUUUCCACAGCCGAUGCCAGGAGCUGGAGCGCCUCCGCAGGGAGGGGGCCAGCCAGAAGGAGAUGGACAAGGCGGAACUGAAGUCCCGAAAGGCAGUGGAUGCUCUGCGGCGCACCGUGGAGAAGUACAACGCCGCCCGUGCCGACUUUGAGCAGAAGAUGCUGGACUCCGCGGUGCGGUUCCAGGAGGUCGAGGAGUCCCACCUGCAGCACAUGAAGGCCCUGGUCAGCUCCUACGUCCACUCGGUGGAGGACUCCCACGUCCAGAUCGGGCAGGUGCAGGAGGAAUUCAAGCAGAACAUGGAGAACAUCGGGGUGGAGACGCUGCUGCGCAACUUUGCAGAGAGCAAGGGGACUGGCCGCGACCCGCCAGGGCCCCUGGAUCUGGAGGAGCUGAGCACGAUGUCCUCACAGGAAGGGCCCAAGCGGAGCCGCAGCAAAGCCUUCCGCAUCCCCGGGCUGGGGCGCAAAGAGCGUGGGCGGGACUCAGGAGAGUCUCCAGAAGCGGAUUCGGGGCCCCCCGAAGUGGACGAGGAGGGGUUUACCGUCCGGCCCGAAAUGAGUCAGAACGGCGAACACGGCAACCGCUUCUGCUCAUCCAGCGACUCCGACUAUGAUGACGAGGAACCCCCCAAGUUCUACAUCCGGAUCAAGCCCGUCCAGCCUCCAGAGCGGGCUGGCAGCGCUGCCACCUCGGCCGCCACAGAGCAGCUGAAGGCCUCUGUGGGCAGCCUCAUCCUGCCACCCUGCGUGGGGGGCACGAUGAAAAGGCAUUCGUCCAGGCACUUGAAAACUUUUCCUUUGCCUGUGGCGGAAGCAGACUCUGGCGCGGCCCCGGGCGCAGGAGAAAGAGGCGUUAAAUCAGGAAGCGUUAAAUCGGGAGGUGCUCCGACCCACCGCCCGGUGCCCCAGAUGAGCAGCUGUGACAGCAAAAGCCAGCCAGAGGUCCUUCCUGCUAGCGCUCUGUUUGGGCCCCCGCUGGAAUCCGCCUUUGAAAGUGAAGGAUUCACAGCCUCCCGAGCCUACCUGCUGGCCUCCAGCCCCUCCCCCUUCUCCUCCUCCUCCCCCGAGAACGUGGAAGACUCUGGCCUGGACUCCCCACCCCACCUGGGGGCUGUCCAACUGCCAGCAAGAGGGAGGCAAAAGCGGGAGGUGGGGGGAGCCACGUUUGGCCUCCCCCUGCGUGCAGCUGCCAAGAAAGCGUUGCCAGAGAUUCUGGGCAGUGCCCUGCGGCUUCUGCCUGGGGGGGAGUCACAAGGGAACCGUUGCUGGUGCACUCUGGGGGAACCUGCUUUGCCUUUUCAGUCACCCCCUUUCCUUUGGCCUGCAGCUACCCUUCCUCCCUCGGCCCCCCACGGUUGGGCCCCCACAGUGGCUCCUGCUCGGCGAAGCUUCUCCAAAAGGCCCUCGGCCGCUUCCACCACUGGCCUCGGGGGCGAGACGCCCCGCUCCUUCAGCCCUGCCCCGCUGUCGGCUUUGUCCCCUUCCCAGAGCACUUCGGCCUUGACGGAGCGCGCCUUCUUCACGGCCACGCAGCCGGGGCUCGGCGUCUCCCGUGGGCCCUCCCCCGUGGUCCUGGGCUCCCAGGGCGCCCUGCCUGUGGCCACAGCCUUCACGGAAUACAUCCACGCUUACUUCAAGGGCCAGAAUCCGGACAGCUGCCUCGUCAAGGUCACCGGGGAGCUCACCAUGUCCUUCCCGGCGGGCAUCAUCCGCAUCUUCAGCAGCGCCCCGUCGCCUCCUGUCCUGAGUUUCCGCCUGCUCCACACGGCCCCCAUCGAGCAGUUUCUGCCCAAUGCCAGCCUGCUUUUCAGUGAUGCCUCCCAGAGCGACCCGAGCAGCAGAGACUUCUGGCUCAACAUGGCCGCCCUCACCGGGCAUCUCCAGAAGCAAGCGGAGCAGGCAGGGGCCGCCCCUUACUACAACGUGACCCUGCUCAGAUACCAGUACUCCAAGCAAGGCCAGGAGUGGGCCCCGCUGCAGCUGUCUGUGAACUGGGAGUGCGCUGCGGAGGCCACCCGGGUGAGCGUGGAUUACCGCUACAACGCGUCGGCCCUGGCCUCGGCCGUGGCGCUCACCAACGUGCAGGUCCUGCUCCCCAUUGAGGAGGCGGCCGCCAACGUCCAGCCACAGCCCGAGGCUUGCUGGAACCUGGAGGAGAAACGCUUACUCUGGCGGCUCCUGGACGUCCCCAGCACCCAGGGCCAUGGAGGGUCGGGCCGCCUCCUGGCCAGCUGGGAGCCCUUGGACGGUCCCAGCAGGCCCUCCCCAGCGGCGGCCCCGGUCCCCAGCGAGGGGAGCACCGUCUCGGGAGCCGACGUGGAGCUGGUGGGCAGCGGCUACCGGAUGUCCCUGGUGAAGAAGAGGUUUGCCACAGGAAUUUAUCUCGCUGGCUCAUGAACAUCCGUGGCCCUGGGAACUUUUAGUCUUCUGGGAGACAGAAAUAAUAUAUUUGUGUGUUUUAAAUUAUUUUUUGCCUGGAUUUUAAACACUGGAGGAAAAAGCCCUGUUGGAGGUGUGGAAGGUCAGAAGAGGAGGCGACUUUGAAAACUUCGGAAUCGGCACCUGUUGCACUGAGAGUUAUUUUUUGUCCCUCUGCUUUUAUUUUGAUUCUCGUCUGUCUUUUGAAACGUCUCUGGUCCCUUUUGGAAGCAACCAAAGGGCGCCGGUGGGAAUA